CAUAACGGAUACAUUUUCUGCAAAUAUAAACCUUAGAAAUUGAACUUGAGAAUCGGGUGAAUGAUUGGAUGAGAGUAAAUGACGAAGGCCACAAGUAGAAGAUGGUGCUCCUUCAAAGCCUCUCUAUCGAUCGCUACAUAACAUAUGUGCAUAUCUGACAAGUGUCUUGCAGAUAGAAAGAGGACUUCAUCUUGGAGAGGCUAUUGAUCUUGUAUAUAUAGUGCACACUCAGUUAUGGGUCUGUUCACAAAAGAAAGAAAAAAGUUGAAAAUAUUGUUUUCCGUGAAACAAAGAAAUUAAGAGAGGGAAAAUGCAGGCUGUGAAGGAAAAAUUGAAUGAGAUGAGCACAAUGCGCAAGGCCAAGGCAGAUGCUAGGGCUGAGGAGAAGGCAGAGAAGGAGUUGGCCAAAGCUAGAGUAGAGGUAGCUAAAGAGGUUAGAAAGGCAAAAGAGGCUGAAGCAGCCAUGGACCUGCAUGUGGCCAAAGCUGAAGAAAGGGCUCAUCAGGAGUUGGUUAAGCAUGCCCAGGAACAGUCAUGACUGAUGACCCACUUACUGCUUCCACUACCCAUCACCAACAUCCUGACUAUCCUGACCACCCAAGGAACUGCUGCCCAUUCCAUUAGCUUGUAGAUUAAUGUUGAUUGAGUGUUAAUCUGAUUUUCUUUCCUGAACAGUUUGUGUUCUUGCUAUUUUAUUUGGGUCUUUGUUGUUCUUGCAGUGUUCCAUGUAUACUUUAUGUUCUUUUCUGUACUUCAUAUUUGUAAUAAUAUAGUCAUAAACCUGGGUUUCAACAGGUUCAUUUCAUUUCUUAA